AUGCCUUUGAAUGCUCCAGUCCACGAAUCGCCUCCAGUCUACACGAGCUACGUUGGGCUUCUAGAGAAUCCGAUCGUCCACGCAUUACAAACCCAUCGGGGUCUCGGUCUUGCGCUGGUCGGCCUCGUGUUACUUCUGUCGCUUCUCAGAUUCACGACACGCCACCGCGGCCGCUGCACGAUCCAGUCCAACUGGAGUGCGACUCGCUCUCAACCCAGUGCAUCCCACACACGUGCACCUACCGACCCAACAAACGCCAUGGAAAAAGGCAGCCUGUACCCUGCAGUAUUCAUCAGCCGGGAGGCCCUCCCAUUGCCUUCAGCCUGUGACAUGCUGAAACCUCUCUCGCAUGGCGGCGUGCUCCCAUCCAGCGGGGCGGUGGCGGCACAGGUUCUGAAGCUGAAAGCGACGGAAAAGGCAUCCCCGUCUUCUCCGCAGCCAGAGACAGAGACGAGUCCACCGGCGAGAAUGGAGCCCGAUCUGAGUCAUGAGAUUGGUUCCAGCUUGCAGGAGCGUAGUGAGGUGUUACAGCAAAUGUGUGAAGAGGACCAGAACGGAGUGCGGACUUGGCGCCGGCUGGUGAUGGAGUACUGGUAA